AUGGCCUCAAACUCCCCCUCAUCCCCGCUAGAGUGGCUCGGCGCGAUGCUUAAGGAGGCCCAUGCAGCCCAGCGGUCAGCGGAAAACGAACUCGACGAAGUCAAGCGCCAGCUUCGUACCGCCCAGGAGACCAUUGCAGCGCAGAAGCAGGAACUCAUGAAGUCGAGGCAAAACCUGGAAUUGGCGAGGACAGAGACGAAAAAUCAGUUCCAACAGCUGGCAUUCCAAAAGGCUGCGCAGCAAAUCCAGACUCAAGGAUUUCCGCAAGGCCAAAAUCCGCAGACAUACCGCAACCAGCUCGCGCAGCACUAUUUCCGCCAAUUGAUCCGGUAUCGGCAGCAACAUCAACAGCAGCGUGAGGAGGAAGGACAGUGA